CGAUGAUAUAUGGUGGAAUUAAAAAAUAGUCCAUUAAAAUAAAAUUAAUUGCAUGUAAUAAUAAUAGGUGGUGUUGAAUUUUGAUUACCUGAGACCAGCCUAGAAUUUGGUUGAUGCUAUUGUUCAUGAGGCCUAGUAUAUUAAAAGAAAAGAGCGAUCUAAGAGCCAAAGAAGAAUUUGGGAGAAUGUGCCAUAUGAUGCAUAUGAAAAGGAGAAGAUGGCUGAUUUCAUGAAAAUCGUGACUAAAAAUAAGAUUGCCUUACCUGAGAAUUGGAAUGAUAGUGACACAUUGAAGAUGGUGUAUUGUGGUAAAUUCAAGGACAAGAAUUACUUAAAAGUGUUGCAAUCCCAUUUGGCUUGGAGAGCUAUCCCCAAUAACUUUCAGCCAACUGACAUCAAUAUUGCAUUUCUCUAGAAAGGAAUAGUUUACACUCACGGUAGAGACAAGCAACAAAGACCUAUCAUAAUUAUGAACCUCGAAUUGGUGAAUCUGAAGCAAUUUAGUGAAGAAGUCUACAUAAAUGCAUUGAGCUAUUACUUUGGUAUCAUCAAGAAGCAUUGUUUUGUUCCUGGAAAGGUAGAGAACUGGGUUUUCAUAAUGGAUACUAAGAAGCUUGGACUUUCUAAAUUCCCUUUUAAGGCUAUUCAAAUAGCAACCAAAACAAUGCAAGUUAAUUUCUGUGGUUGUUUGGAUAAACUCUAUUUACUAAAUCCAUCUAGUUCAUUGAGUUUUUCUUGGAAGAUGGUCUCUGCUGUGGCUGAUGCUGAUACUAUGGAGAAGGUCUAAAUGCUUAAACCUACUGAAUACACAAAAAUUUAAGAGAGAAUAGUAGUCAAUUAAUUGGAGGAAUAAUUCGGAGGCACAUGUCCAAACCUUACAAAAUUCUGGCCACCUAUCAACAUCGCCAUUCCAGGAGGAUAUACAUAAGAAAUUUUGAUGGCUGUCGAAUCGAUGAAAACUGCUGAGAUUGUAAUUCAGGCGGAAGUACCUGCAUCGGAGGAGGAUGAAAUGAAAUUGUAGGAACAAAUUUCUAAGAUGCAAAUUAAAAAAGAUGACGACGAUGAUGAUUGAUAGAGUAUAUAAUGAAAUUACACAUUCCAUAAAUUUAAUAUUAA